CGGACACGGCUGCACCGCUUCCCCUGCUCCGGCGAGUUGUCGCAGCGCAGUCGCUGAUGGUGCCUGGGGUUUGUCGCAGCGCAGUCGCUGAUGGUGCCGGGGGUGCGCUGGCCAUGCAGAGCGCCGGAUCUGUGACCCUCUCCCGCUAGAUCUCCGCUGUGUGGACAAAUGCAGACAAAUGCAUUUAGGAGCCCAAAGGACAAGGAGUGGACGCAUCUCUCCCGCAGCGACAAGGAUAAAGCUCCUCAUUGUAAUCGCAGUAUGCGCAGCUGUCGGUGUCGCAGAGAGACGAGCACAAGGCAUCGACACUCUUCAGCAGUCAGGCCGCGCAGAGAGAGGUCCGUUGCUAUCGCCGCCUGCUACAAUCAGUCCGUGGACCUUUGCUCCAGAAGAUCGCGGUGUGCAGCUGGCAGAGUCAGGAGUCCGUCUGACCAGAGACACAGUCAUCGAAUAUCCCGUGCACAUUGAUUUUCUGACCAGCUUGGGACGUCCGUUUCUCCUGUUGAUCAGCGUGCGCUCGGACAAGUCCAACAAUGCUUUCCUUUUCAGUAUUAGGAACAAGAGUAAGCUUUAUUUUGGAGUCCAGUUGCUGCCGAGGAAGGUGGUCGUGCACACAGGCGGGAAGCAGUAUGUGUCCUUCGAUUACACGGUGCAGGAUGGACGGUGGCACAACUUUGCAGUCGGUGUUGAGCAAACGUCCGUUUCCCUGUUUGCAGAAUGUGGACAGAAACACUUUUACAAGGAGGCUGCAUUUGAAAUCCAGACCCUGGCUCCUGGCAGCGUGCUCACCUUGGGGAGAAUGACUUCUCAUUCUGUUCCGUUUGAGGGAGCAAUAUGUCAGCUGGAGAUUAUUCCUUCAGCAGAAGCAUCCGCCAAUUAUUGUCUCUAUGUGAGGAAGCAUUGCCGCCACACCGAUACUUACCGAUCUCUGCCGGCAGCCCAGACCCCAGGACAACCUUCUCCCUCUAUACAUGUGCAGACUAAUAAACAUACGGAGGACGAAGCACAGACUAAAUUGGUCCCUGCCAGGCAACCAGAUCUGCUGACAAAUAUAACCUCAUCUGCACAUUUGCCACGAAACACCCUUCUUGGAAAUCUAACUUUGGCGCAAGGUGAAACGACACAUCACGUAGAGGCUGCUCAGUUACACAUUAACAAAAUGCCUGAGAAUAAUACGAAAACAAAACCAAAAAAACAUCAUAAGCCAGCAGAGAAUAUCCUAGAACGUGGUCCUUUAACAGCUGAAGACGAAACGCCGUCUGUAACGUCGCCUUACGAUAAAACCGCGUUGCAAAACGACAAUCAGAAAAUGAUGGAAGAACAGGGUGAAGUCCGCAGGAUCCUUAACAGGACGCUGUAUUGGGGGGGCAGUGAGGGCCACAACCAGCUGGACCCUUGGGACGACCCGGUUCUAGAUAAUGGGGAUGACUACAGGACUGAGAACAGCUAUGAGAUUGACAUGGAGAAUUACGAUGAGUACUAUGAUGAAGUGGACAUGUCCUAUGAUCUAGACCACUUGCUUGGGAGCAAAGGAGACAGCGGACCUCCAGGUCCUGCAGGUCCUCCAGGUUUACCAGGUCCCCCGGGGAAAAGAGGUCCAAGGGGGAUGGUUGGACCUCAUGGCAAUCCUGGAUUACCCGGCCCACCUGGUCCAAAGGGCCCAAAAGGAGAGCCAGGGUCCUCACCAGGACAAGCGCCGCCUGGCCCAAAGGGGGAUAAAGGGCCGGUGGGUGUAAUGGGAGAGCGCGGCCCCCCAGGCACACAGGGUGCUAAAGGUUAUCCCGGUCCUCUAGGCCCACCAGGAGAGAAGGGAAUUCCCGGAAUGGCUGGCAAUGCAGGGGCACCAGGUUACCCUGGCAGGCAGGGAUUAGCUGGACCAGAAGGAAUCCCGGGCCCUAAAGGGGUUGGGGGCUUUAUAGGAAUCGCUGGGGUGCCAGGUCCUCCCGGGCCCGAAGGAGAACGAGGAGCGCCAGGACCACCCGGAAAGAAAGGCGCCAGAGGCGGGCAGGGUUUUCCUGGAGACUUUGGCGACAGAGGCCCCCCCGGUCCGGAUGGAAGUCCUGGAACUGUUGGCGGUUUUGGCCCUCCUGGAUUUCCUGGCUUGAGAGGCGAUGUUGGACAAGUGGGACCACCAGGACCAGCAGGGAUUCCCGGCCCUCAGGGCGUCUCAGGAAUAAUGGGGCAGCCUGGACUGAAAGGUGAUAAGGGUGAAGUGGGAUUCUCUGGCGAUCCAGGCGACGCCGGAUACCCGGGCGAUAAGGGUACUGUGGGUUUGCCAGGACCGCCAGGACCGAAAGGAAAACCAGGACUCCCGGGAAAACUUGGAGAUCGGGGACCACAGGGAUUACCGGGGCCGCCGGGACCAGAGGGCUUUCCAGGAGACAUUGGCUUACCCGGGUUAAAUGGGCCUGAAGGGCCGAAGGGUCUUAUUGGAGACAGAGGACCCGCCGGUACACAAGGCCCAAAAGGAGAAGAGGGAGAAGAAGGGCCGCUGGGACCUCGGGGUAGUCUUGGACCAGUGGGAAGACUGGGACGUAAAGGCUAUGCCGGGGAAGCAGGGCUGGAAGGCUUGAAGGGUGAAGUUGGAGUUAUAGGAAACAUCGGAAAAGCUGGUGAACUAGGGCCUGAGGGGUACCCAGGAGAGGCCGGGCCGCCUGGAAAUGCUGGAGAAAAGGGAGAACGCGGCACACCGGGACCUGAGGGGCCGUCUGGUGAGAAGGGGACACUGGGCUAUCCAGGCCCCCCCGGGACACCCGGACCCCUGGGACCACCAGGAUUGCCAGGUCCUGCUGGGCAGAGAGGACUGGCGGGUACACAAGGGGCAGAGGGCCAGAGGGGUCCGCGCGGUCCUGAUGGUCCCCUUGGCGAGCAGGGCCCCCCUGGAAUGAAGGGUGAGCAGGGCGACCUCGCCAAAAAGGGUCUUCCUGGGCGUCUUGGGAAAGUUGGAAAUCAUGGAGAACGGGGAGAGCAAGGAAAACCUGGCCCGCCUGGUCUCGCUGGCAGUACGGGAGAUACAGGACCGCCCGGACAGACAGGACAAAGGGGACCACAAGGAGACUCAGGUCCAGCUGGAGAAACAGGCCCAGAGGGAGCACCUGGAACGGAGGGUGAAGUGGGUCCUCAUGGGGACCCGGGCAUAAAGGGUGACGUCGGAGCUGCUGGUAACAUUGGCGCAGUGGGAGAGCCCGGUUUACGGGGAGAACCGGGUCCUGCGGGUGAAGACGGCGUUCAGGGAGGUGACGGCCCAAAGGGGGAAAUUGGAGAUCCUGGUCUUGAAGGAGAGGGCGGGGAGAAGGGCGAGGAAGGAGUGCCUGGAACGCAGGGGGCUGUUGGGGGGUCUGGCCGCAUGGGGCUACCUGGGCCCGAGGGCAAACAAGGAACACAUGGUCCAAGGGGGCGGCCGGGCAAAAAGGGAGAGAAGGGGCAGAUGGGGUCAGCCGGAGAAAUCGGUAGCAUUGGUGACCGAGGACUACAAGCCGAAUCAGGUCCUAAAGGAUCGCGUGGGACCCGGGGGCCACCGGGGCAUCUAGGAGCCAUGGGAGCCGCUGGAGAACCUGGGAUUCCGGGAUACGGGGGUCAUCCAGGCCAGACCGGCCCGCCCGGACCACCAGGACCUAAAGGCGAAAAGGGUUACCCUGGAGAGGACAGUACUGUGCUAGGACCCCAGGGACCCCCAGGUGAAACAGGACCUAUUGGAGAAUGUGGAGACAGGGGAGAACCUGGACACGAAGGUUAUAAGGGCGCGGUUGGUGUUGUUGGGCCAAGAGGAGCAAUUGGACAACAAGGACUACCAGGGGAGCUUGGCAUUAUGGGUGAACAGGGACUUAAAGGAGAGAUGGGAUCUGCAGGCACCAAGGGGAAGAGCGGAGUGAGAGGGGCGGCUGGCACAGUGGGAAUUCCGGGAAAUCCAGGCCCCCCGGGACUGAGAGGUGCAGAUGGGUACCCUGGCUCUGACUCCGUCAUUGGGUUUCCUGGGAAGCCUGGCCUGCCUGGAAAGCCUGGGAUACCGGGUGAAAAUGGCAGCCCCGGCCUCUCUGGAUUGGCGGGAUUACCUGGUCACGCUGGAGCGAAAGGGACUCUUGGUAUUAAAGGCGAAAUGGGUGCACCAGGACCUAAGGGGGAGCUGGGACUUCGCGGAUAUCCAGGAAAGUCGGGACUAAGAGGUUUCCCCGGAUCUCAAGGUGACCAAGGAGCAAGAGGCGAGGCUGGCAUAAAGGGUGUCCUGGGGGAAGAUGGGGACCAGGGUCUGAUGGGCUUCCAAGGUUUUCCAGGCCCAAAGGGUCCUAGUGGUGACAUCGGCAUCGUGGGAAUCGUUGGCCCCAAAGGUCCCUUUGGCCAGGCUGGUAACAGUGGUCCGGUAGGCCCCGACGGUAUAAUAGGGCCCACAGGCAAUCUGGGAACUCGUGGUGACAAAGGCUCUAAGGGGGAAAUGGGACCUCAAGGACCACAAGGAAACCCUGGCCCACCAGGUCCACCGGGCGCACCAGGCCGAGCGAAAACGCUGGACAUGAACACGGCCAUUCAGGCGCUGAUGGAGUCGCACGCGGCCCUGCGGAUGGAGAGCUAUCAGAACACUGAAGUAACAAUACUAGAUUUUAGUGCAGAGAUCUUUAAAACCCUUCACUACCUGGCGGAUUUAAUGCAGAGUAUAAAAAACCCACCCGGGACUCGGGACAACCCAGCGCGCAUUUGCCGUGAUCUGAUCAACUGUGAACGAAAAGUGACUGACGGAAAAUAUUGGAUUGAUCCAAAUCUUGGAUGCCCAUCGGAUGCCAUAGAAGUGUUUUGCAAUUUUACAGCCGGGGGUCAGACGUGCCUAUCACCCACCUCUGUGACAAAGCUGGCGUUCGGCGUGGGCAAGGUGCAGAUGAACUUCCUCCAUUUACUGAGUUCAGAAGCCGUUCACACCAUCACCAUCCACUGCCUGAACACGCCGGUCUUAGGGACGCAGAUGGGUGGAGAGGCGCCGCUGACCUUCACGGGAUGGAACGGCCACAAGUUUGAAGGAAAAAAAUUACUUGAAAGAAAUGUGCUUCUAGAUGGUUGCACGGUACGGGACGGCAGCUGGCACAAGACACAGUUCAUGUUUUCCACGCAAGAAACAAACCAACUUCCAGUUGUUGACAUCUCCAAGUUCUCCCCUCCGCAGAAAGGACAGCACUAUUUGGAGAACGGCCCGGUGUGCUUCCUCUAAGGCCGUUGGGAUGACCCGGGCAGCUGCUAAGUCAAGUCUCUUAUCUAUUGAGAGCAUUAUAAUAAAGGAAGGUAGCAGUGUGGGAACUGCGCAACUGAUACAAAGCAAUGUGCCGGCGACAUUGUACCGAAGCCGGAAGAGACUUCCUCCUAAGAAGGACGUUUGCCAUUUAUAAGGAAUAAAUGACUUCAAUAUUGAGAGUAUUUAAUUUUUAAUUUUUUUUUAUUCAGCUUUUUUUAUUUUUUUUUUCUGAAUAAAUCUUAGUAAGAAGAACUAUAUCUGUUCAUGGACAAGUGAGACGCACCGUACGAGUCACCAGCCUAUGGCGGAGCAGUACCGGUUACUACUCUGAGAGUGCAGUCACGUGUCUGCCCAGCGUCCUGCCAGCGCAGGGGGAGGAGGUGGCGUCUGCUCCCCUGGGGACAUAUACCUCUUGUUGAUGGCGCCCUACCUCUUGUAUGUAGCCUGGUGCUCUCCUAAACCAAGGUGCUACCUGCCCUAGCGGACCCACCCUGGCUGCUCCCCCUGUCUGUGCUGGCUACAUCCUCUCUCCCUCGCCAUCAUUUCUCAAUUGUAACUCAUUAUCAAUUUAUUUAUGUGACCGGAUUAUCCAGCGUCGGGACAGCCAUCCAGUGUACAUGGUGCAUAGAGAACACUCUCCCCCCGACAUCCGGUGGCGCCCGUCACGCUGUUAUAAUAUGUAUAUAUUUUGUAACAUUUACUGAAAUUUUAAUACAGCGGAUAUUUUAAAAUGCUGAUGUUAAGUUAUAAUAAUUGUAACCGUGUCAGAAGUUAGCGGACGUGUUUGGCGACAUUAAUAGGUGCUGUGCUAUUUUUUAUUUAAAUUGUAAAAUCGUUUAAAGAAUAAAAAUUCAUGUUUUAAUUAAAAAUAAAAAAAUAAAAAGUUGCAGAAAAUGAACGUUACGGUCAGACGCUGUCGCCGCUUCUGUU